AACAAACCUCAUUUCCCCUUUCUCCCUGCCAUUUCGUUGAGACAGAGGGAGGAUGGGCAUCGCCUCUUCGAUGCUCACCCAAUACGACAUAGAGGAAGUCCAGGAGCACUGCAGCUAUCUCUUUUCCCAGCAAGAGAUAUUAGCCCUGUACGAGAGAUUCUGCCAACUUGAUCGGAAUGCCAAAGGGUUCAUCUCGGCGGAUGAGUUCUUAUCGAUACCUGAGUUCUCCCUCAAUCCUCUCUCUCAGAGGUUGCUGAGGAUGGUAGAUGGAUUGAAUUUUAAGGAUUUUGUGGCAUUCUUGUCUGCCUUCAGCCCGAAGGCCUCCCUCCAGCAGAAAAUUGAGUUGAUCUUUAGAGUUUAUGAUAUAGAUAGUAAGGGCAGAGUAACUUUCAAGGACUUGUUGGAAGUUCUUCGAGAUCUUACAGGGUCAUUCAUGUCAGAGGAACAAAGAGAGCAAGUGCUCAGCCAUCUGUUGGAAGAAUCAGGUUAUACAAGGGACGCUUCACUUGUGCUGGAUGAUUUCAUCAAGAUUCUAGGCAAAUCUGGCAUGAAAAUGGAGGUUGAAGUUCCGGUGGACUAGAUGCUGGCGUUUUUUCUGUGCAUAGAAGACAACAGACCAAAAUUUUUCCAUUAUUGCUGUGUUUUGUUUUGCUGCAAUAAGAAGGAUCUUUCUAUAUGAUUUUGAUUCUUGAGCACAUUUGUUUACUUAUUUUUCUUUUCUUGUUAGCCUGUUCUCAUUUUUUGUGCACCGUGUUACACUUGAUUAUGAGAUUAUUGUUGCCUAA